AUGUCAGACGUUCGUCACAAGAAAAACGUGAAGGCUGCUUACGAUGCUGGUUUGGAGAAACAACUGAGCGGUCAUACUGAGCUACUGGGGAAACUAAAACUGGAAAUUCUGGAGGAAUUGAAAAUCGAAAUUCGAUCCAAUUUCACAAAGUUGACCAAUACCACUUCCACCACUCCGGUGUCCUCUAGACGGUCUGGUAAUAGGUCACGCACCAUAGGAAGCCGACGGUUAUUCGAGAAAAAGGACAAUAACUUGCCACCUCUUAUGACUGCUACCGGAGAUUCGCCGUCUCCAAGUCUAGGCCGUCUAACUGUUCCCGUUUCUAAGGAUAAGUUUUGGUUAUACCUAUCUCGGAUUUCCCGUGACGUUUCUGCUGAGCAGAUCACCGAACUUGCCAAGCAUCGUUUGUCAACUGAGGAUGUUGAAGUUAUCCGACUGGUUGCUAAGAGUAAAGAUAUCCAAACCAUGUCGUUUGUCUCCUUCAAAGUAGGCGUCUCUACAAAUUUGAAGGCGAAAGCAUUGUCGUCCUCUACAUGGCCCAAAGGAAUGCUGUUUCGUGAAUUUGUUGACAACCGCAAAGCCGAAAAUUUUUGGAAGCCGCCUGGAUUGCCAAUAAAUACACCGCAGACAACUCCGAAAUCCAGCGAGUCACCUCAUCAAAUGCCUAUGACGGAGUGA